UUUUCAAUGUAAUUCAAUUAGCAUGUUGUGCAUUUUCACGAAAUGUGGGAAAGAAAUUGUAGAACCCUGCAGAACAGAUAAAAAGUUGUUUACUAUAUUUUAAACGGUGUCCCUUUGGACGGUAGGUGGUGACGUGCAUCAACAGCAUUCGUUAGUGCACAAAAAAAUCGAGGAAAAAUGUGGCGCGCUGGGAACUCUGGGUAGGACUUCCUAGGUCAGCCAUAUUUAAUCGUCCUGGCUGAAGGAUAGAGGGGAGAUGAAGGGGAUUCGGGGAAUAAGUAAGCUGUCGGUAAGAAAUCUGAAUAGUUGACUAUUCAGGAGACGGGUUUUGGUUUCCGAUAGUACUAAGAGAUUGUAUGGCCUGUUUGGCGAGAAAGGUGCCUGCUCUACAAGCUGUGUAAUGAUGGCACUAGCUAGCAUGCUUGCGCGGUCGCCAGCUAACAUUAGCACGACCCGUUAGAUACAUGGCCUGCUGAUGUUGGAUGAACCCAACCUCAACGUUUGGCAGUGGGUUACAAGUUGUGGUUCUAUAUUAGAAGAAGAAGACAUCUACUCUAUCCCCGCUGUCAAAGUGUUGUCAAAUUCGUCUAUCGGUCUGACCAAUCAAAAGCUCAGAUCAUGCAGAGGAUAACGGACGUUGGAUGUGUCGACAAGCCUUUUGAUUCUCCAUCUAAAGUCAAAUGUAGUUCAUAGACGAUGGUCAUGUGCCCUCGACCUUGCACUAUAAUGCAAAUCGCUGGCACGAACUGUCUUGGGUUAAUUCAUCAGGACAUAACGUUACAACCUUACAGCCAAGUUUAUCCUUGCUCAAGCUUCAUCCUGCUCCAACAUGGUGCAUAAUUCUAUUCUUUGAUUUAGCACUUGCCAUGACCCUCCUCAGUCCUCCAAAACAAAUUAGUGGCAGGGCUGCACCUUUGAAUGGAAACAGAACCUACGGAAUGUGCCUUCUUAUUCAACAUACAACAUUUGAAUAUUAUUAUGCAGACAAGGCUUUACGCAGCCCAGGUGGCCCGUAAAUUGGAUGUCUCCGUGGAGCACGUAAAGUUUCAGCCGCAGGAGGUGCAGGUGACCAAACUGCCCAGCGGUCUGAUGAUAGCCUCGUUGGACAACUACUCCCCAGGUUCCAGGAUCGGUGUGUUUGUGAAGGCUGGCUGUCGCUAUGAGUCCCCAGAGAACCAGGGAGUCACCCACCUGCUCCGUCUGGCUGCCAACCUGACUACCAAAGGUGCUUCAGCCUUCAGGAUCUGUCGUGGUGUGGAGGCAGUGGGAGGCAGUCUAGGCGUGACGUCAUCCAGAGAGAACAUGAUCUACUCGGUUGACUGUCUCAGAGACCACAUUGACACGGUGAUGGAGUAUCUGAUCAAUGUGACCACAGCCCCAGAGUUCAGGCCGUGGGAGGUGUCGGACCUCACCCCCAGGGUCAAGAUGGACAAGGCCCUAGCCGCGCAGACCCCCCAGAUGGGUGUGAUUGAGGGUCUACAUGGAGCUGCUUACAAGAAUGCCCUGUCCAACUCCCUCUACUGCCCAGACUACAUGGUUAGCCAGGUCGAUUCUGACCAUAUGCACAAUUUUAUCCAGAACAAUUUCACAAGUGCAAGAAUGGCUCUGGUUGGGCUUGGUGUGGAACACAAUGUUCUGAAGCAGGUGGGAGAGCAGUUCCUCAACAUCCGCAGUGGGAUGGGCACCGCUGGGACAAAGGCUCAGUACCGCGGUGGCGAGGUGCGGGUGCAGAACGGGUCCAGCCUGGUGCACUCUGUGGUGGUGUCUGAGGGGGCAGCGGUGGGCACAGACGAGGCAAUGGCCUUCUCUGUACUACAGCACGUCCUAGGGGCGGGGCCACACAUCAAGAGAGGCUCCAACCCCACCUCCAAACUCUUCCAGGGCGUCGCUAAGGCUACUGCAGACCCCUUUGACGCCUCUGCUUUCAAUUCCAACUACUCUGACUCUGGCCUGUUUGGAGUCUACACCAUCUCCCAGUCUGCAGCAGCUGGUGACGUGAUCAAGGCAGCUAUUAGCCAGGUGAAGGCUGUUACAGGAGGAGUCUCAGAAGCUGACCUGACCCGUGCCAAGACCCAGCUGAAGGCUGAGUACCUGAUGUCGUUGGAGAGUUCAGAGGGUUUGUUAGACGCAAUGGGUUCACAGGCUCUGUCCGGAGGCGUCUACCACUCCCCCGAGGCCAUCGCACAGAAGAUCGACUCCGUCUCCGCAACUGAUGUCGCCAACGCUGCAAAUAAGUUUGUUUCAGGCAAGAAGUCCAUGGCUUCCAGUGGAAACCUCAUCAAGACGCCCUUCGUUGACGAGAUCUAAAGCCUUUCAAAGACCUCUGUCCAUUCAAAACAAACAAACUGAAACCGUCAUUAUCCUAAUUGCGUCAUUAUUCUUUUGAGGAAGUUAUGUUGUAAUCACACCAACUGCCAAUAUUUAUAGUUGUUGCUAUUUUUACGUGUAUCUUGAACUGUAUAGCUCAUGUAAAUGAAUGAAUAAAGAAUAUCUACCGUAAAGGUGGAAAUAAGUAGUUUUUUACUCUUGUAAAUAGACCUAAUGUCUUACCAGGUGAUAAUAAAUGAAACCUUUUGAUCCAUGAAAAA